AUGUCCAAGAAGGAUGUGGCGUGUUUCUGGAUCGUACUGCUCCUGUGCCAAGAGCUAUGGACCGACCCGAUCGCAGAGAUGGGACCAUCCUCCGGCAUCCUGAUUCAAGAGACACCAGGGUUCAUCUUAACAGAGAAGAGGAUCCUGACCAGACGUGUGUUCGUCAGCUUGGACCCCAAGAUUUCCAUCGAGAAGGCAUACAACAUUUCAUCGAUGCAGCUUCCUGAGUUACAGACUUGGUACCAGAUGCACCUCCAAAGAGCACAGGACCGUGUGCGAAACAUCUUGGAGCAAGCCCGGAAACCAUUUGUAUCCAGUUCUAUUCCGAUGAGCAACCGACCCAAAAGGUUCCUCACCGCUAUAAUUGUUGCAUUAGUUUGUGCCACUGUCGGUGCAGUUGUCGCAACUGGAAUGUUUGCAGCCAACUCUAUUACUGUCCAAAAGCUGGAUAUGGAAAUCUAUGCGCUAAAGCAACACAUUAACGAUAUUCAUCAGGUGAUACAACAGCAAAGAACACUUCUCCAAGACGUGUUAACUAUUGUGGAAGACACAGUUGUUACAACAAAUUUGCAUUCGGAGUUAAUUGCCAAAUCCACUGAGUUGCACCAAAGUCAUGACUUAUUUAAGCGUGAACUUCUAUUUCUGCAUGACCCAAUAUUGUUCCACACACUUGCUUUUCUCGACGAAGUGCAAACUGGAAUGAUCGAAUUGGCAGGGGGACGCAUACCUCUGUAUUUUGUAUCCAAGGAUAUUGUUCAUGCGAUGCUUGCCAAUGUGGAUGGAGAGACAAUUGAGCCUAUGCAAUUAAAUCUGGCCUUUGAGAUGGGGAGCGCUAUACCUCUCUUAAUUGAUCCGGAACGUAUGGAGAUUUGCUUUUUAUUGGCCAUACCAUAUGUAACUCCCAAAAACAUUUUUCAAAUGAAAAUAAUGUACUAUGUUAAUAAUGAUAUUAUGGUUGAUUGUACUAAGUGUAAAGUUUAAAACUAUUACAGGUACAAAUAUAUACAAAAUGUUCAUUCCACGCACGGGCCUAUGUUAGAAAUUAUGUGAUUGCACAAUAUGUCUGAUAACUUCUAUAGUGCUUAUUCAUAAGCUAAAUUAAUUUUGGCUAUGAAAUGCACUAAAGGGGGGUUAUGUCAGAGUAUUUAUAUCGGCAGACAUUUUGUGCUAUGAUAGAAACUAAAAGUGUAUAUUCUGAGUCACUCUGAACAGACCAGACUCCAUUUUGUUAUUUCAAAUUAACAAAGAAGACACUAGAUUUCUUUCUGUAAGACUGGCCUCUUUGCCAGAGCUAAGGAAUGCAUAGUAUAAACAAGUGAUAAGAAGAAUAUAAUCAAAUCUAAACCCAGACGAUUGUGACAGAGAAGAUUAAAUAAUUUAAUAUUUUUAUAUAUCUUUAUUUUUGAAGCGCAUUGUCAGAUACAUUGUGAGGUUAUGACAUUUAACAGGUUACAUGAGUUAAUACGGUGACAUAGUGGUAAAGGUGAUUUGUUGCGCUUUUUUUUUUUGUUUAUGCAAAAGAAAUUAAACCAGCUUAGCAGAGAAGUUGUCAAGGCAUUCAAACAAGUGUUAGGCAAAACAGGGUAGCAUAGACAUGGGUUAGCCUAAUAGAUGUCACGAGAGAUGUGUACAGUUAGUGUGGUGACCUGCGUGGCUAGUCAGACAUGGCUAUGUGAGACAGUAGUAGUUAAAUGGACAUGCUAAGAUUCCUCUGGUUGACACUCGCUGUGUAGAUGAUAUUAGGGGAACUGGGUUAAACUCCCUGCCCCCUGGGAUUUUCAAGUGUGCUAAAUCAAGUGUCAUGUGAUGCCACUUUCUGGGUUUGUGACCGACUAGCCAGGUUGGACAGGUCCGACAUAGAUUAAGCGUAGGUACGUACUAACGUGUAAUUACAUGGCGUGGUUUAACCACCAAGGGACCUUGGGGCACUGGGCUUGCCAGGGAGGGUAUAUGUGCAGGCUUAGGAGGCCUAGGCGCUGUCAGUGGGGAGCUGCAGAGUUAACAUCUACAUUAAACACAGAAUGAAGUUAUUAAUGAGAUAAUAAAAUAAAGAAUAUACAAUAGUUGGGUGCAAACAUGGGCAAAUGUGGUAGGCGUCCACCUAGUCGCUCCUGUGGCUGUGCUGGAUCGGCCGGUGUCUUAGCUGGGAUCGGGUCUGGUGUAGCUCAUGUUAUGGAUGUGUCCGGUCCUGUGUGACUGCUGGCACCAACCCCAGGCAGAGAGUAGAGCCCGCGCCCCAUGUCCAUCAUCCCCACAGGUAUAGUUAGGUUCAGAGUCCUGAAACAGUCCACACAGACACACCAGUGACAGUGGGUGGGGGGGGGCGAUACCUCAGGUGGUGUGGACGAUGCUCUCUGUAGCGAGCCGAAAUUAUUCUCUGUUUGCGUGGUGAGUUGUUACCAUUGGAGUUGUCCGAUGGUCAGGGUGGACACGGAGAUUGCUUUGUUUGUCUGCGGCUUGUUGCCAGCGUGCAGUUGUCUGAUCGGCACCGGCUUCAGAUGGUACCCAGCAGUUGCUCAGUUGCUACAGCCCCAGCUCACCAGCUUGUGGUAGACGCGGCGGCCAUCUUGGUUUUUGCCAUGCGGUCCCAGGCUGCUUUCUUCACUGCCCAGAUGCUAUUAUUGAUCACUGCGUCCCUGGUGGGGACCGGGAUAACCCCCACCGGCCCAUAGGGGGGGAGAACGGGGCCCUCAGUAGGCGUGGGAGAGGUCCCGCCGGACUAAGCACGGGAGAUCGGCCGUUUCUCCCGCCAGAGCCUCACAGCAGGCCGCAAACCCAUCUGCCCAUCAGUCGGUGCCUCCGGCAGGACGGGAGCUGAUAAUUGUACCGGAGGUUGCUGCUUGGGUUCCCCAUGUCUUCUGGUAGCGGCAUGGGGUUAUGGACGUAAGAAGGGGUAGUUUGAGGCUGGUUAUCAGGUUUCACCGGGGAGCCGAGGUGCUCCACGUCCAUCCAGCUUGGCGGCCGGGCCCCGCCCCCAAAUAAUUUAAUAUUUAACUGUUUAUAUAUAUAAGGUACCAUUGUAUGGAAAAGGGUAAACUUAGUUCAUGAUCUGUCAUAUCAGAAAUUAUGGCAGGAAUUGCAGACGCUAAGUCUGGACAAACUUUAAGAAACCCUUUGAAAUCUGAAUUAUGACCACUAUCUAGAUAGGCCAAAAUGACGUCAAAAUAGCCACCAGGAAAAGUUAACUCUUUCCUGGAUAGGUAUGUUUAGUGGGACAAGACUGCCCUCUAUAGACCAAAUAACUAAUUUGCGAUCUGGAAGAUAACCACACCUCUAGUACUUCUAUUGGGUUAUCAACUGAUGACGUACAGAGAGUCUGGCCCUUUAAAAGUUAAGACAAAGGGAAGAUAGAGAGAUACGAGAUAGGAAGGGAGAUCCAAGAGAUAUGCAAAAAAGAGGAGAGAGGAAUUGGAAGUUUGGGGACUCCAACCUCCAUGCAGAGAGAGACAUCCAAAUAAGUUCCUGAGACUACCAAUCGGAUGAAAUAUCUACUCAACUGGUAAUUAUACUGGUUUCAUUUAAUUAAAUUAAAUUAAUUAAAAUAUAUUAAUAGCAUUAUAUAUGACUGGAUAAAGCACGGUCAGAUUUCCAUAUUAAGAAAUCUUAGUUAACUAAGAAUAUAUAGUUAUAAACAUUCCAUUCUGCAGGUGGAAUUAAGAAUAAUUAUAUAUUGAUGUGAUAUUAUCACGUGUUAGCAUACCGCUGUUUUUAUCCAGGUGUAUUGAUUUGCUCUAAAUUAAGAUAGAUAUCUUUUAGACAAAUUAAAAAUCUGCUUAUAUAAUGUGGUAAAUUCUCUUAUUGGAUGAUUUUAAGAAAAUGACUAAUGAACUGGGUUAAAUGUUAUUUUAUUUAAAAAUACAUAAGAAUAGAUCUUAACUACCUAGGAGAUCUAGCCAGCAUUGAAAGGGUUAUUCUAACUGUCUGCUAAACUUUACGACCUUACGCUGCACUCUGAGGAAUUCUGUUCUUCGCUGUGAAAAGUUUCACUUAAGUCUGUGUUAAGGAUACCUCAUAAAUCGUCAAAAGUCUUGACAGAUAAUGCUAUUUAGCCAUUGAAACGUAAUACCCAUUCCUUUGUAUUGCAUACCAAUUUAUACUGGAUAUUCAUUGAUUAUUGUCAUGCAUGUUGCAUAAUAUUAUUAUUAAUUUGUCAUAUAAAUAAAAUCUAUUUUUAUACAUUGUGAUAUUAAUUAUAUGAAAUACAUUUCACUUACGAUAAACGUUCUUUGGGAUCUGAGAAUUGAAUUAGUGGGCAAUUCUCAACUGUUUACUAUUAUUACCCCAUAAAUAUCCCCACAGUAUGUUGAUUUGUGUUAUGUUUGUAGACCUUUUUAGUGUCUUAUAUUUGGUUGUCCAAGAUUUAUAGGAGUCUCAUAGUGUCUGAAGAACAUCCCUUUUUACUGGUUUCCAGUGAUGUUCAGAUAGAGGUGUGGUUUGGUAUCACACAUGACAUACAGCUGGCACACACCACACACAUAACACACAGCCAGCACACAUUACACACAGUCAGAACUCAGUCAGCACCCACCACAUACACGACACAGCCAGGACACACUGCGCACACAUACACUAUGACAAAGGGAGUGAUAAUGGAAGGACAGACAGUGAGACACAAAACUCCAAACUUUUGAAAAAAUAAUCCAUAUGGCAAAACUAGCCAUGUUGUUACUAUUGUAGAGUUAGAGAUCUUUUUCCAGAUGAGAUAUGUUUACUUUUUUUUUUUUCCAUCAAGUUUUAAUUAGUGAAAAUUCAGAGUUUAGCAAAUGACAAUAUCCAGAGAUCUCGGUAGAGGCUCCAACCUUUGUAAUUGCACUUAUUUUGUGUCAGGUCAAGUCAUGAUGGGCAAAUAGAUUGGGCUAAUGUUUUAUUUCCUAGUAGAUAUUUUAAAAAAAAUAAAAUUCAAACAACCCUGGAACUAUAAGCCUGUAUGUUAAGAAAAAGCAUUGAAUUAGUAUAUCUAAUUAUUAUAUUAUGAAAAUUCAACACCUAUUAGAAGGAUAUUCUAACUACCAAAACCACUAAGCAUCAAAUUGCCAUUUACCAAAUUCUACUAUUGUGUAGUGUUCAAAGAAUAUUAUGUCACAGAAUUUUCCCGGUAUGUCACAGUGUGCAUUGUGAGUUCACACCAUACAAAUAUGUAUACAGACAUUUCUCAUUACAACAAUGAAAAAACGGGGAGUGAAUUUGGGGUGCAGGAGAAUUCUCAUUUUUUUUUUUUAAUUUGACUAUUUUUAUUCAUUUUGUCAUUUUAAAACAUGAAAACAUAAUCCAAUGGGGUACAGAAAAGAAGGGGGUGGGGAAAGUUUGCAGUUCUUACAUCGUUAGUACCUUGCGAGUAGGGUGGGGUACAGAAGAAUAAAAGGGGUAGGGGGGAACCUGUUUUGGUUCGACAUUUUGGUAGCAGCAUUGUCGGUUUACACAACGUCUUGAACGGUCAUAUUUUGACUUCUCAUUUUUUGACAAAAUCUUUGAGCACAGCAGGACUGCAUCAAAGUCUCCUUGCACGUUAAAAUAUGAGCAGUUCACUAAUAUGUAAUAUGUAGAUCCUACUUAAAAGUAUAUUAACCCCGUUAUCUGUUGGCUACUGAAUUGUAGUGAUGUCGCGAACCGUUCGCGAACAUCCCGCGAACGGCUCGCCACGGUUCGCCACGAACCGUUCGCGGCGAGCUCCGGUCAGCUGACACAUCCCGGCCAAUCUCCAGCAGACCCUCCCUCCCAGACCCUCCCACCUCCUGGACAGCAUCCAUGUUGAAGGCAGCUUCAACAUGGAUGCUGCCCAGGAGGUGGGAGGGUCUGGGAGGGAGGGUCUGCUGGAGAUUGGCCGGGAUGUGUCAGCUGACCGGAGCUCGCCACGAACUGCGGCGAGCCAUUCGCGGGAAGUUCGCGAACUGUUCGCGACAUCACUACUGAAUUGUAAUUAAAUGCCCAUCAUGUCAAAUUUAACUAUCUCCCAUCACUUCUACUUUUUCCAGUUUCCUCCUUAAUUUCUUAGCAUUUUGCUAUCCACAUUUUGACUAUAUAAACACAGAUUACAGUGUGUUCUAUAGCUGAAAAAAGCCUAAAGUUAGUAAAUGACUAACUCAUUCUAAUUGUCUAAUUCAUCACAAAGACUUGUGAUGACAUGACAACUGACUAGAGGAAUUCAGGCCAAAAAUAGCAAUGUUGCUAAAUACAUCUUCCUUAAUUGGAGAUUUGUUCCAGUCUUACUAUUUUGAUCUCUUUUUUUUGCUAUUUUGUUAACAAUUGAACUCACUGUUUAGUGAAUUCUGCCUAAUAAAAAAUGAGUAAAAUUAGCACAGUUCCUUGAAAGGGAACGUCCUUUAUUUUAUUAUUCUAAAAGGGAUAUUCAAGGGACACAAUGGGCAUCCAUACCACUUAAUCUAAUUGAAGUGGUCUGGGUUCAGUGUCCCUGUUCCCCCUUAGCCCUGAAAUCUAAAAGAUUGCAGUUUCAGAGAAACUGCAAUGUUUAUAUUGCAGAGAUUAACCCCUUAAAACCAGAGGGCGUACUAUUACGCCCUAUUCUAAGCCUCUCUAAACGCCACAGUACGCCCUCCGUUUUUUCUUACUUACCGGGUCGCCAACGAUCCCACGCCGGCGAUCGCGGUUGGGGAGACUCACCUGGGAUCCCUGCAGUGGAUCCUGCCUCCUCUGGCCCCCCCGGCCAUGUGAGAGUGAGGUCCUUGCGAGGACCUCACAAUCACAUGGCCGGGUUAGCUGGUUGCUGCAUUGCCAGCAGGGGGACUGUCUGUAAUGACAGUUAGUCCCCCUGCUGGUUGGAAGUCAAAUAAAAUAAAGUUAAUCAGUGUAAAAAAAAAUAAUUAUAUACUUAGAUCAUAUAUAAAUAUGAUCCAAGUAUAUAUAUACACAUAUACAUACACACACAUAUACUGUCUAGGUGUAUUUUACUAUUAAUAAAUAUAUAUAUAAUUAUAUAUAUAUUAAUAUCAAAUUACACAUAGACUGAUACUGAUUAAAUAUAUAUAUAAUUAUUGUUAUAUAUAUAUAUAUAUUUAUAAAAUAUGUAAAUAUGUUAAAAAAUAAAAUUAAAAAAAUAAUAAAAAAUAAAUAAAAAAUAUAUAGAUGUGGGUUAUUUCGUUCUAACUGUAUUGUGAUAUUAAUAUAUAUAUAUAUUUAUAUCAAAAUACACGUAGAACGAAAUAAUAUUUAUAUCUAUAUACAUAAAUAUAUACGUAUAUAUCACUAUAUAUUUACCUAUAAAUAAAAAUAUAUUUUUAAAAUAUAUAUAUACAUAUAUAUACACAUACGUAUAUAUAUAUAUACAUAUAUUAAUUCUACAUAUAUAUUUAUGUAAUAUCUUUACAUAAUUAGGUAUUUUAAUUAAUUACAAUUAGGGAAUUUAAUUUGCUAGCACUGUAUUUAACCCUAUAACUUUCCAAGACACCAUAAAACCUAUACAUGGGAGGUACUGUUUUACUUGGGAGACUUCGCUGAACACAAAUAUUAGUGUUUCAAAACAGUAAAAUGUAUUACAACGAUGAUAUCGCCAGUAAAAGUGAAGUUUUUCGCAUUUUUCACACACAAACAGCACUUACAUGGACGAUAUUAUUGCUGUGAUACUUUUUACUGUUUUGAAACACAAAUAUUUGUGUUCAGCGAAGUCUCCUGAGUACAACAGUACCCCCUCAUGUACAGGUUUUAUGGUGUUUUCAAAAGUUACAGCGUCAAAUAUAAGGCUUGUGUUUUCAUUUUUUUCACAUUAAAAUUCGCCAGAUUGGUUACGUUGCCUUUGAGACCCUAUAGUAGCCCAAGAAUGAAAAUUACCCCUAUGAUGGCAUACCAUUUGCAAUAGUAGACAACCCAAGGUAUUGCAAAUGGGGUAUGUCCAGUCUUUUUUAGUAGUCACAAACAAACAAAUACUAACGCUAACUUUGGCCAGUGUUUGUGACCAAAUGGCUACUAAAAAAGACUGGACAUACCCCAUUUGCAAUACCUUGGGUUCUCUACUAUUGCAAAUGGUAUGCCAUUAUGGGUGUAAAUUUCAUUCCUGGGCUACUACACAGUCUCAAAGGCGAAUUUCAAUUUCAAAUGUAACGUGCUAUAUUUGACCCUGUAACUUCCCAAAACGCCAUAAAACCUGUACAUAGGGGGUACUGUUUUACACAUGAGACUUUGCUGAAUACAAAUAUGUGUAUUUUAUUGCAGUAAAAGCAAACAGUAUUAUGACACUGACAGUUAAAAUGUCAUGUAAAACUAAAAAAAAAAAAGAAAAAUCUUAUUUUCUCCCAUUUUUUUUUAUAUUAUAUUAUGUUUCAUAGCUAAAUAUUUGCUAUUAAAUGAAAGCCCUGUUUCCCCUGAAUAAAAUGAUAUAUAAUAAGGGUGGGUGCAUUUACUAUGAAAGAGGUGAAUUACGGUUGGACAGACAUGCAGCGCAAAUGCCAGGUUUUGUUCAACGUGUACAUUUGGCUCAGUCCUUAAGGGGUUAAGACUGCCUCUAGUGGCUCUUCCUGCUGUUUCACGAAGCUUAACUCAGUGAAACAACACUGGAUGAGGAUGUCCAGUGGCUUAUAAAUCCCAAAAGGAAAGCAUCACUGCUUUCCUAUGGGGAAGGCCUAAUAUGUGCAUUGAGUUGCCCUAUCUGUCGAUAUCGGAGGAGGAGCCAGAACCAGCACCAAGAGACUUGGAAUCAGAUAAGUACUUAAAGGAUUAUUUAACCCUUAUAGGGCUGGAGGGGAAUACAUUUUUUAUUCAGAACACUAUAGUGUUACUUUAAUAUAAUGUGGAAUUGAACAAACACACCACAAACACAAACCCUUGAGUUCUGAGUUUGUGAUGCCUGCUGUGCACCACAUUUUCUUAUUGGGUGUGUUCUGUGAUUUCAAAAUUGUGAAAUUAGACUUAUUUUUUUUAGCUAUAUGCUGGAGAACAACUGGAUUAGUAAAUGACUUAGUCAUUUGUAUUUCCAAUGAAUAACCAAAAUUUACACAGAGCUGUGCAACAGAGAAACCCCCCCCCCUCAAAAAAAAAAACAUCUGGAAAAUCUGAACUCUAACGAAAGGAGGGUCCUGUUGUCAUUUCUAUGGAUAUAACACCAAUAAAAAACAUAUUGAAAUUCCCCUAUAACAUGCUUUUUUUUUCAUGUGAUGUUCUGUUUUCUUUUAAAUUUGUAUAAAAGAUUUAACAAGAAACACCAAAAUCCAGUUGAGACCAGGCCCAGCAGGGCACUUAAUGCAAAUGAGGAAGGCAACAGAAACAUUGUUUUGGUUUCUCCUCUUCCACUAACAUUUUUCAGUGGCGACAAGGGCUACAUUUUUAAAAAUGGCUGACAGGAAUACAAGACAGAGUUACCCAGUUCCGUAAUAAAAGUGUGUGUUUCUACAUUUAAUUUUAUAUUUCAGACCUAAACACAGAAGAUACGUCAACAAUAUAUUAAUUUUCAUGAAAGUGAGUUACUACAAACAUGGUGUGUUAUACAAGACAAGUUCUGUUGUCUACUGUGUUUCGAAAAUGUAAAAAUAUAUGUGGUAGCUAGGAUUGGCUUACACGAGUGAAUUAUGUCCUAUUGUUGGCUGAACACACCGUAUGAACCUAAAACCUACGUGAAUUUGCAACAAAAGCAGGGAAAUUCCAAACCGAUUCGUUUUUUGUCGAUGGUAAACAUUUAUUGCAUUACGUAUAUAAUACAUAAUAACAAUGGGGGUCAACUUCCAACUGGACAAUAUUUUAAUAGCUAUUCAGUAACAAAGAGUGAUUAUUGUAAGGAAUUUUCCAUUUACUAUUGAGAGAGUAAAGCUAUAACUCUAGUGAACUGAUUAAACUCUGUCCAGGGGAUUGCAGAGUAUAUUGUACUGGUACCUGCUUCCUUGAGUCAAGUUUGUUGAGUCAAAUCUCCAGGAUCUUUCUUUAAUAAAUUGGUAAGCAGAAUUGAUUUAGAAGGGACUUGCAUGAAGUGCUCCCUGUGAGUGAAUGCUUGCAAGUCCAGUAGUCUGCUUUUAAGCCCUAUUCUAUCAUUUUGACAAAAUUGUCAAACAAAAACCUGCAGGGACAGGGUGGUAGCACCAUAAUCAAUUUAAUAAUCUCACGUGGUUAUUGUGGUCGAGCAUUCAUUAAAAAUAAUUUACUUGUUCUUGUAAAAGUGUUUGAUUUGUUUACUAAAUAGUGAACAGUGCUUAGUUAAAAUGUAAAGAGGCUGUCUAAGCACUAUAACUAGUACAUAUCUAAGGCACAGUAUCAGUUGCCCUAGCAAUGUCAGUUUCAUCCAUGAUAUGACAGAAAUGAUAGGCUGAGCCCAGGUCCACAUUACAAAUAUACUGUGCUGCAUUCGACUCUGGGACCCCAGAUUUGGUUAAACCAUACAAAAACAGUUUGACCCAGAACUGGGGAACUGGGGAAUAAUUUCCACAGCCUACUAGCACCAAAUCCACUAAAAUAGGAUGUAAUUGUUAUGGUACUUAGACUUCACCUUUAAAUUGCAACAUUUAUGUAAUUUAUGUUUUGUAUUUUUUAUUUUUUUUUUACUUUUCUAUUUAGUUUUUUUAUGUGGAAGUCGUCUAAGGGUUUAACAUACUUCCACAUUGCUCAAUAAAUUAGUGGCUUAAUCCCAAAAGAACAAAGGGCUUGUGAGGAAAACAUGCGAUGGCGGCAAAGCGGUCCAUGAGACUCCCUAGUACUCCAGCAUUAUAAACAAAUUAAUUUAAAAACCUGUGUUCUUUUAGUUGAGAACUACUUGUAUGUUUUGUUUAAAAGUAGGUUUCUGUGAUUUCCUUCUUGAAUUAUUUGUAUGUAUAAAGGGUUUAUCUAGAGAUAGUUACAGCAGGUGGCGAUUUAUGACUUUCAUAAUCAGAAUUUUCAUGCUCAUAUUCUAAGUUGUAAGCUCUAUUAACUGUUGUUUUGUCAGUCAAUUACUUGCUAAAACUGAUACUACACAUAUGCUAAUAAUUAUAAUAAUGUAAAAUUGUAAAGCACAUUAUCAGUUAAAGGAACACUGGAAGCAACAUAACUACUACAGAGUGCUAUAGAGGCAAUUGUACCAGGGGUCCGUGGUGGAACUAAUAUAGAGGGUGACCUGGUGCAAGGAAAUGUUAGUGCCCCCCUAUAGCACAAGCGUGUGCUCCCCACUGGCCCAAAAAGGCAGCGAGGCCAGCUCUGCAAGUCGGACUGGGCACAUGGGCAUCGCUGUGGGGCCCCUAUGCUCGUGGCGCCCCGGGCAACUGCCCAGGGUUCCCGUGCAUAAAGACGGCCCUGUGUAGGAGCAUUAUAGGAGAUGUAGUCCACAACAUCUGGAGUGCCAAAGGUUGCAUAGCCCUGUUUGGCCUACACGGUCUUUAAGAAUAGCCAAACAAUGUACAUUUUGUCAGAAUCUCCAGCUGAAAGGAAUUAGAAAAUCCCUCAAAUGUAUCCACCUGGAAAACUUGGACCAUAAACAACAAUCUUGGACCAUUAUCAUCAUUUUAUGUAAAGUACCCAGUGUGUUAGAUUUUAUUUCUGAAGCUGUGUGUUCUGCACAUUUUGUAAUAAGAACAUAUCGUGCUGUGGUCACAAUUUGUAAUCUUUGUAAACCAAAAUGUGACAAAAUCCAGCACAUGGCAUCACAUUGCGCAUGCGCACCACGAGACCCCCUCCCAUUCAAAUGAUGGAUGGUGGAAAAAGAAAAAAGGGCGGGAGUGGAGGGGGAACGCUGAUUGGUUACUGGCUAUCGAAUCAGAUGACGUAGCCGGUGGGUUUCCGGAGCUGGAGGUUACUAUCGGUCAGUUACCUGAAGAGACAGCAGUGGAGAGACAGAGACUGUCCGAGACCAACACGAACUCGCCCGGCUUCCAGCACAGCUCCUGGCAACCGGCCCGCCCGCCCAGACAGACCCACCUGGACCGUUAUCUGCUCUGUGUCUCGGCAGUCAGCAGGUGAGAGCCAGGCUGGCAGGGUGUGUCAGGGACCCGGAUAAAGGAUGCUGAGUGACUGGAGCAUGACAAAGACAGUAUGGUGAGAGAGAGAGACAGCAUGGUGAGAGAGAGAGAGACAGCAUGGUGAGAGAGAGAGACAGCAUGGUGACAGAGAGAGAGAGAGACAGCAUGGUGACAGAGAGAGAGAGAGAGAGAGAGAGAGAGACAGCAGGUGACAGAGAGAGAGAGACAGCAUGGUGACAGAGAGAGAGAGACAGCAUGGUGAGAGAGAGAGAGAGACAGCAUGGUGACAGAGAGAGAGAGAGAGAGAGAGAGACAGCAUGGUGACAGAGAGAGAGAGACAGCAUGGUGACAGAGAGAGAGAGAGACAGCAUGGUGACAGAGAGAGAGAGAGACAGCAUGGUGACAGAGAGAGACAGCAUGGUGACAGAGAGAGAGAGACAGCAUGGUGACAGAGAGAGAGAGACAGCAUGGUGACAGAGAGAGAGAGACAGCAUGGUGAGAGAGAGAGACAGCAUGGCAGAGAGAGACAGCAUGGUGAGAGAGAGACAGCAUGGAGAGAGAGAGAGACAGCAUGGUGAGAGAGAGAGACAGCAUGGUGAGAGAGAGAGACAGCAUGGUGAGAGAGAGAGCAGCAUGGUGAGAGAGAGAGACGCGGUGAGAGAGAGAGACAGCCGGUGAGAGAGAGAGAAGCAUGGUGAGAGAGAGAGAGAGAGAGCCAGCAUGGUGACAGAGAGAGAGCCAGGACAGAGAGUGAGCCAGCAUGGUGACAGAGAGUGAGCCAGCAUGGUGACAGAGAGGAGCCAGCAUGGUGACAGAGAGCGGAGCCAGCAUGGUGACAGAGAGAGGAGCCAGCAUGGUGACAGAGAGAGAGAGCCAGCAUGGUGACAGAGAGAGAGAGCCAGCAUGGUGACAGAGAGAGAGAGAGCCAGCAUGGUGACAGAGAGAGAGAGAGCAGCAUGGUGACAGAGAGAGAGAGAGCCAGCAUGUAAGGACAGAGAGAGAGAGGUCAGCAUGGUGAGAGAGAGAGACAGCAUGGUGAGAGAGAGAGACAGCAUGGUGAGAGAGACAGACAGCAUGGUGAGAGAGAGAGAGAGACAGCAUGGUGACAGAGAGAGAGAGACAGCAUGGUGACAGAGAGAGAGAGAGACAGCAUGGUGACAGAGAGAGAGAGAGACAGCAUGGUGACAGAGAGAGAGAGACAGCAUGGUGACAGAGAGAGAGAGAGACAGCAUGGUGACAGAGAGGAGAGAGCCAGCAUGAGCCAGCAUGACAGAGAGUGAGCCAGCAUGGUGACAGAGAGUGAGCCAGCAUGGUGACAGAGAGUGAGCCAGCAUGGUGACAGAGAGAGAGAGCCAGCAUGGUGACACAGAGUGAGACAGCAUGGUGACAGAGUGAGAGAGAGACAGCAUGGUGAUGGGGAGUGAGAGUCUGCGUGGAUUUGCACAUAUGGUGAACACUCAUUCUAUACUAUAGGGUUAUGGACUACAUGUAUAAUGAUGCACAGCACACACAAUGGCAGAGCAUGACGGGAAACGUGGUCCACGACCACUGGCAGAACGCUAGAUGCGACAGUAGCGGACUGUCUGUAGAGGGUGGUGGAUGGUAGCAGACUGUCUGUAGAGGGUGGUGGAUGGUGGCAGACUGUCUGUAGAGGGUGGUGGAUGGUGGCAGACUGUCUGUAGACGGUGCUGGAUGGUGGCAGACCGUCUGUGAGGGUGGUGGAUGGUGGUGUAGAGGGUGGUGGAUGGUGGGAGACUGUCUGUAGAGGGUGGUGGAUGGUGGCAGACUGUCUGUAGAGGGUGGUGGAUGGUGGGAGACUGUCUGUAGAGGGUGGUGGAUGGUGGGAGACGGUCUGUAGAGGGUGGUGGAUGGUGGGAGACGGUCUGUAGAGGGUGGUGGAUGGUGGGAGACGGUCUGUAGAGGGUGGUGGAUGGUGGGAGACGGUCUGUAGAGGGUGGUGGAUGGUGGGAGACGGUCUGUAGAGGGUGGUGGAUGGUGGGAGACGGUCUAUAGAGGGUGCUGGAUGGUCUGAUCCCUAGGAGCUCGUGCUAUUUUAUACUGGGCAUCCAGAGCCCCAGCCCUGGUGGCACAAUGGGAUGAAUUGGGAUUAUUUUAUUGAUGUGUUUAUUUCUUACUCCACAUCACUGAUGAUGAGGUAGAGUUAUGAUGUGGACCUAUGACAGAAGUUGGUGAUGUCCACAUAUUAGAUUUAAAAAAAAAAAAAAAAAAAUCCUGUUGCGAUGUUAACCAUGGGGGUCAGUGUGCUUAUGAGGGAUAUUUGGCUAAAUGUUUAAUAAUGAAGUGACCAUAGAAAUAAAUAUUAACUAAGGAACUGGUAUAUGGCAUUUCAGCUAUGCUGGGCUUGGUUUGGGGGCAUGGGAAUCAUGGAAAUGCAGUUCUCAUAGCUGCGGUACCAAAGGAUGACCAGCCCUUAGUCAGGGUCAGUGUAGGACACUGAACACUUUUUACCAGUGUCCCUGUAUUUGUAAAGUGUGUAAUAUCAGAUUUGUGCAUAAUUAGGCUGUUGGUCUGGGGUUUAUUCUUAUUUAAAGGAAAUAAAUAGUUGUUUUGAGACACACACAUAAAUAGAAAAAAAAAAAGGGGGGUCUAUUCGACUGGGUGUACCAAAGAAUGUGUGUUUAUACAUGUGUAAACACACAUAUGUUCAAACUUGCAUUCUCUGAAUACAGCCAGGUUAUGCAAUAAACUAGUCCGUGUAUAGUGACGUUUUUUAUGGAUGUUUCAUCUUUCGAGUCAUUUUAGCAAUAGUAGCAGUCACAGUAAUGUUUGUCAUAUCUUGCCAAUUACAGCCAACAAGUCACUCAAUCACAUAAAACCGUCUUAUGUAAAAUGUAUGGUGGGGAAAUAUACAUUUCAAUUUCUACUUCCAUUUCCAUCGCCCUUUCUUUUAGAUACCCAUGUAUGGUAAACAAAGCAUGCUUGGUGCUAUGGAAACUGUUAAGAAAUAUAUCAUGGGGAACAGAUGCAAUACUUGCCAGGGUUUUAAAUUGUGAAUUUUAGUUACUGAAUUGGUAUAAAUGAGCUUGUACAAAGUUUUUCCAUCGCCAGACUGUUUUCUACCUAUGACUUUAUGUCCGCAAUUCUUAGCUCAUUAUUAGUUAUUUGUGGCAAAACUGUAUGAGUCAUUCAGCUUUUAGAGAUUGGUGACUAACAGCUGUCUCUAAAUGAAUGGACUAUCCUGGUUAUCUGUUACACAAUGCUCAUUACUGUUUGAUGUGCUGCAGACUGCCAUUGAUACCCCAGAUGGUGCUUGUUGCAGCUUUAUACCUGCCAGAUGGAUUGCAGACAGAUCACUUCUUUCGGUAAUAUUAUGUCAAGAAUUAAAGUCCGGUAGAUGGUGUUAUGAGGAAAACUGAUAGGAUUAGGAUUGAAAGAUAUUUAAAUGCAGUGCAGAAGAAAUAGUGAAAAUGAGAGGUUUCUGAAGAUUCUUCAAAUCCUUUUCGUUGCAGGUUUAACAAAUUAGUUUUGUCUAAAUACAUUUUAGUUGAUUUAAAAUUAUGGCCGGAUAUUUGUUUUACAUAAAGAUCUUGGCAAUAUCAUCUUUCAAGGAUUUUCACUGGAAAGCACUGAUGAUUUAAUUUAAAUAAUAUUCUUUAAUGUAAAAUAAUGCAUAAUAAAUGAGGAUUAUGGAGCUUUUUCUCUUUUUUUAUUUUUUUAUUUUUUUUUUAUUACAACUAUGGCGUUGUUCAUAAACGUCUUAAUUUAACAAAGGUGGUGCACAUAAUGUGUGUGUAUAUAUGUAUAUAUGUAUGUGUAUGUAUGUAUGUAUGUAUGUAUGUGUAUAUAUAUAUAUGUAUAUAUAUAUAUAUAUAUAUAUAUAAUAUAUAUAUUAUAUAUUGUGUGUGUGUGUGUUUUAAUCUUUUUUUUAUUAUUAUUUAUUUUUUCCAAAAGGACCACUCCCACCCAUAACAACUUAUGUUUAUUAGAAUUGUUAUGGGGCAGCAGGAGUGUCAGGGCCACUGGUUACCGUGAGAGGUUACAUCCUUAAAUCUGAUACUCCUUGUUUCUUUCCUCUCGGCAAACCAGUAUGAGAGGUUGAGCGACCGCUGGCAUUAGAAGAGAGUAAUAGUACAUAUUUUACGUACUCUGAUGCCAUAACUAGCAAUCCAGUUUACUAAAAAUAACAGAAUGUGAAAAAAGUAUGUCUGCAUUUCAGCAUAGCUCCCAUAUAUAGCAAGUACAGUUAAAUAAUUUUUCAAAAAAGUAUAUAAUUGAUAGCGAUCUGCCUCAAUAUCUGUAAUGAUAGGUAUAAGAAAUGUCAUUCAUUCCUACCCCCUCAAUGAAUCUAGGAAUGAUGCUUCUUUUACUGUGAGAAGGGGGUGGGGGAUCCUGUAAUUUAUAGCCUAUUUGUAGAUAAUUAAAUUGGUGGAAUGGGUGCUUGACAGAAUAGUUAAUUCCUUUACUGUAAUGUGAUGGAAGGCUCUUGUAUUCACUGAUCACUUACCAUCAUGUAUUCUUCAUCUCUUGUUAAUGGCCAUAAUUUACUCACCAUCAUCUUACCUGGUUUCACCAAAUUGUUUUGUUUUAUAAUGCUUACUGCAAACUGAUAUAGUCACUAAUUAUUUUAACUGUAAGGCAGUAUGAGAAAACUAUAUAGAUUAUAAAAGAAAUGUUAUAUAAAUUCUGGUACCCGAUUUACGUUUCCAACCUGUAGUUUGUCUAUUGAGCACCCAUUCUGUUACACAGGAUUGGGCAAAUUAUUAUUUAUGGAUGCUUGCAUCAGAUGAGUUAUCUUGUUUUUUGGACACCCCACAUGGGGUGAAGAAGCUGCAAAUAAAUAAUUUAGUGUCACACAAAUUUUUUUAAAAAUUUUUUUUCUGCUUUCUUUUGUUGCCCAUCUACACAGGCUUAUUGCUUCACACUUUAGUGACUAACCCAGUAAGUCUGAGUGAAUGUCAAAGUUUAGGCCAAAAUGGCUAAGCUGGAAACCUAGCUGAAUUGAUAGUUUCUGUUGGCUAUUUUAGCCUGAAAUCUAAAUUCACUUUCAAUUUUCUGCAGUUCACACUUUAGUUAAAAUUAAUGUGCAAACUAUUUGCCUGUGUUAACAAACUAUAAAUCAGUCGUGUGGAUGUUUAGUUUUUACUAUAUGCAUGGAAAGCUCUAGAUUUCUAAGAAUUCCAAAAUACGUCAUCUUGCAAGUAAACACAAUCGUUCUUGUCUAACGCCAUGUUUCAGAAAUAUGUGCUUAUAGAUUUUAACGUGGCUUCUUGUUUUGUUCAUGUACACUUCUUUUAAGCCACAUUGAUAAUUUUUGUCUAACAUAAGUAUAUGCCAUACUGUUUAAUUCUAUCUAAUUUAUCAUGGUUUACCAUGAACCAAGAUGACUGCACUCAAGCAGUGACAUUGGAGCAUGUUACUGGGUAGACAAUUACACUUAAUUAGUGUCUAUAUAAUAUUUAAUUUCAAGGGCAUCUCAACCGGUAUCUGUUGGUAGCUCUGUCUCAGCCACCGUGACUUCCACAAGUGCAGUUCAAAGAUCAGACCAUGUUUAAACAUGGCUUAAUUUGCCAAAACAAAGAACAUGUUAUCUUAUCUUAUAUUUGCUUCAUUGUGACAUCUUUACACUGGUCAGCCUCAACAUUAAAACCACAGACAGGUGAAGUAAAUAACAUUGAUUAUAUCGUUACAAUGGUACCUGUCAAGGGGUGGGAUAUAUUAGGCAGCCAGUGAACAGUCCGUUCUUGAAUUUCAUAUGUUGGAAGCAGAAUAAAUAAGCAAACAAAAAGAUCUGAUUGACUUUGACAAGGGUCAAAUAGUAAUGACUAGACGACUGGGUCAGAGCAUCUCCAAAAUUGCAAGUCUUGUGGGGUGUUACCGUAAUUCAGUGGUUAGUACCUACCAAAAGUGAUGCAAGGAAGAUCAACUGGUAAACUGGCACCGGGGUCGUACUUGUCAGAGUGCCCAUGAUUAUCCAUGUCCAGCGCAGAAUGCGCCUUCAGUGGUGAUGGUUCACACUUAACUGGGUGAUAUUGUCAGAGGCAUGCUAAUACUAUAACCACUGCAGUGGUAAGUAGUGAUUUGUAGUACUUGGAAUACCCCUUUUGAAAUCGAAAUGUAUGAGGCAAAAAGAUGCUUAGGACACAUUUUUAAAAUUUGGAGUCCAAUGCUACUAGAUAGGCCUUAAAAAAUUCUCACCAUAGCAAAUGCAUUAGUGGAGAAUUUCUAUUAACUAGGGAUACAUUUUCAUUUGGCAGUGGCUUAUGGGGAGUGGAAAUUUUUAACCCUACUUCGGAUAUCAUUGGCUUUUGAUUGGCGCAAAAGAUUUGUUUAUAGUGUUUAAUGUCUCCCGUUCCCUCAGAGGCGGGCAGCUGUGUGUAUUGUAGAUGGGCACCAAGGGAACUGUGAUCUUCCUGCUCCCUUGAGUGCAGGCUAGUGAUGCUGUGGCCAGAAUAUGUUUCUCUGCGCUCAGCCAAAGUAAGCGGCUACAUGUGGGUGCAGAGCAGGAAGAGAAGUUCUCUCGGUGCCCGUCUACAAUAUGCGCAGUUGGCCGCCUGCCUCCACUCUACCCCAGGUGCCUUCAACUGGAGACCAGAGAAAGCUGAUCCACUCCAGCUCUCCCAAAGGUAGGGAGGCUUUUAUUGAAUUAAAACCUAUAAUAAUUUGUGUGGGUUGCUGCUAUGGUGGUAUGGUGUGUGUUUAGGUGACCAGUUUCCCUCCAAUUGCAUUGGGUUAGUGUUUUUACUCACCGGUUUCCCUCCAGCUGGCCUGCAUCUAUGGCUGAGAUGAUCAGUUUUGAUGAUCUCGGCCAAUCCAAUGCUUUCUCAUAGAAAAUCAUUGGGGCACUAUUGUGCGUGCGUGGCAAGACUCCUCGCUGCGCAAAUCAGCAUCUCCUCGUAUUGAUGCAUUUAAUCAAUUUCUAUGGGGAACGUUCAGCGCCUCCAUGAAGAGUGGGGAAGACACUGAGUUUAGGUGCUGCACACUAUGCAGCACUGAGAUAGCAAGCACUUUAGUGUCCAUCUGAGUGACUGCCACUAGAGGUGUCACUAGGCCAGGGCUCCACAAAUACCAGGUCGCCAUAACGACUAGAAAUUUCACCCUGACACCUGGGAUGCCAGUCCUUUAAGCUGGCCGCACGCAGGGGCAUUGUAGAUGGCGCUUUAGGGAGCAGUAAUAUACCUGCAGCUUCUCUCUGCUCCCUCGCACUCUGUUUAAUGAUGCCGGAACAUGACAUCACUCCAGAGAGGAGCUGCUGGUAGAUUACUGCUCCCUCACAUGCAGGAAAAAGAAAGCAGCCUCACUGGACCCCACGGAAAGAUCCACUUAUCUCUCCCAAAGGUAGGUGGAUUUCAAUUAAAAUACAUUUUUCUCACAUACACACAAGCUGAGAUUUGUGUCAGUGUGUGUGUGUCUGUGCCUGUUUAGAUUCCUGCCCACAAACAAGAGAGGUGUUUUUACUCACUUUUGUUCCCCACACAAUUUUUUUCACCAUGGCUGGUCCUGCCUCCAUGGCUAAAAUUAAUCAGUAUUAUGAUCUCAGCAAAGGGAGGGUAUUGUGCAUGCGCAGCAAAACAAUUUGCCAAUAAGAGUCUCCUCAUAGAGAUGCAUUGAAUCAAUGCAUAUCUAGGGGGAAAUUCAGUGCCUCCAUACAGAAAGUGGAAACGCUGAACGUAGGUGCUGCAAGGACUUGCUAGUGGCCAUCUAAAUGUGACCGUUACUAUGCAGCAAUGUAAACACUGUUUUCUCUGAAAAGGUAGUGCUUACAUUGAAAGGUCUGCAAGUACAGGUUAUAGACACCAGAACCAUUGAGCUGUAGUGGUUCCGGUGUCUAUAGUGUCGAUUAAGAAUUGCAUUUUUCUCUUUUUUUAUUUUUUAUUUUUUUUAUUUUUUUUUAAACUUAAAAUUAAUUUUCAGAAACUCCUAAUUUUAUGUUUUUUUUUAGCUGGCUCCUAGAUUUAAAAUAAAUUUGGCAAGCUCUGGUGUUAUCUGCCUUAGCCAACAUCUAGGGGACUGCAGGCACUAUAUAGCGAAUACAGUGAAAUGAUUUUUGUGCCUUUAGUUAUGUGCUUGCAAGAAGAUCAUAUUGAAAUUCUUUGAAUGCGAAAAUACUGGUACUAUUGGCUCUCAAAAGAUCUUUCAUACUGUUGUCCCAAAUCCUAGCAAGCAGGAAACCGUGCUGACUAUAGUUGUUCCAGCAUCAACUUUGGGACUUGGAUCAACAUACUUCUUACAUGUGUAUAUAAGAAUAUAUAAAACACAGGUGCAGAGUCUGCUUUAGAAUAUGCAUUGCUAAUAUAGAACAGCAUCUGACAUGAUGGAAAAUGUUCAAAGCAUUGCUUUAUUUUCCAAUAACAAAAGCCUGGAUUCGUUGCAGUCCUUUUCCAUCCUUCUUAAUUUUGUUGCUUCUAUCUGUUGGAUCUCUGACAGUGUGAUAGACACACCCCUUGGAUUUUGAACAAACAUUCUAUUUUUUUUUUUUUUCUUCUCACUAGUUUACACAGCAUAUAUGCACAUCAUCUAAAUUACUGGAAUAUGCUUGAUUCAAAUAAAUAAUACAGGAUGUUUCUGUGCUUCAUAUCCAGUACAGUUUCCUUCCCUACUGACAGAUUUCCUUGCUGUGCCCUAAUUGCUUCAUUUUUGUAUACCGAUUUCAUUUUACUAAAGUGGAAACAAGUGUGUGUGUGUGUGUGUGUGUGUGUGUGUGUGCAUGCAUGUAUGUAGAUUGUUAGUUAUGUUGCAUUUGUGCAGAUUGUGUGUAGGCUGUUUGUAUUAUUUGUAUGAGGGGAGGCUUAUUCUGCAUUUCUGUGUAUAUCAAGCAGUAUGGGUGGCUUCCCUGGGUUCCAGUGGGGACCAAGCUGGCUAGGUACAGGUCAAGGACAGGAGCUGCAACAGCAGCUGCUGGCUGCUCUAAUCCAGUGUGGAUUCCCAUUCACAAGUGCUGGGAGGAAGUGAUAUGAGAUCACGUCCUCCACAUGCUGCAAUGCAUAAAUUGGAGAUUUUCCUUCACCACCUUUUCGGAUUACGAGAUAUCUGAAGUUUCACUGAGACUCCUGAUAGGCCAGACCCUGUUUGGCUCUAGCAGUGUUGAGUGCCGUGCACAGUCACAAUGAAUCCAGUGCAUGACACGUGCCAUAGGUUGCCUACCCAUGCUAUAGGGUCAGGAAUACAUGUUUGUGUUCCUGACCUUAUAGUGCUCCUUUAAUGGACAAUAGGUAGAGUCAUAAAAUACAAGUAGGACACUUAAUUUAGUUUCCAGGUACUUUUACCCAUUUUUACUACACUGCAUCCUUAAGUGUAAUUUAUACUAUGAUAUGUGAAAUUACAUGUAAAUGUCUGACCAGUAGUGUGGCAGAAUGAGGCUUAAAAAGUAGUAAAAGCGUAGUCGAAUGUAGUGAAGCAAUGUGAAUCUGUAGCAUAGCUGAAUUUAGGUCGAAUGUACUCCACCACAGUGAUUAUGUGGUGUGGUCGAACAUAGGCCGAAUGCACUGAACCAAAAUGUAAAUGGCCUAACGUACUAAACCGCAGUCAAUAUGUAGUGUGGCUGAACGUUUGCCAAAUGUACACUGUCAAAGAUAAGCGUACCAGGGAGGUUGGCUCAGGCUUCCUACUCAUGAACAUGAAUUCCUCCUCUACUGAUGCCUGAACGCCAUCCUAGGCUGAGGAGCCUGUGAACAAGAAGUUGAGUAUGGUAACAUAGAAACUUACCACAUUUGUGAGCAGUUUUUGGUACAGCUAAAAGUUUGAUGUAAAAACUCAAUCCUAAAAUGUCAUCCCUUGUGAAAAUAGAUACAAGAAACCUAUGAUAUGGUGCAAUAAUAAAAACAAUCUCUGUUAUGCGUAUAUGAGCUCACGCUCUCAUUUUCCAGAGCCGUAUAAACUGGGUACUGUAUUUGGCACUCAACCAAUAUGAAGCUUUUUCCAAUGUAUGUCUAGAUCUCUCAUGAGACAAAAUACCAUGAACAGACUGGUAGUGUGAUGUAAUUGAUAGGACAAAUACAUUCUUGCUCAAAGUAUAUGAUUUUGUUUUUUCUUAUUAUUAAAAGAUGGCACUAACCAGAUGAAUCUCCCUCUUCUUCUUUUGAUGAUGCAGUUUAGUCCAGGCACAUCCAUGGUACAUAACACAAUCUGGGAAGAGAACAUAUUUAGUGGGAGAAGGGGAAAAACACAGAUAAAACAUUGUUUAACCACAUAGGGCUAACAUUUUAUGUUGGUUGACAAGAAGCGAAGAUAGAGGUGCCUAGAUUCAGGAUUUAUGUGUGGAAUUCUACAUUUUUAAUUUUCAGACCUCAUAAAAACCCAUUUACUAAAUAUAGAGGCCAAGUAAACAAGAUUGAUAAUUAAAAAUCCUAAAAACUGGCAGUUGCUAUUUAAGGAAUUAAACUCUGGAUUGUUAUUUUAUAAACUGUCCUUGGUGCAUAGGGUUAGGGAGGAACAGCUCUUAGGAUCAAGGAGUUUGUCAAUGCCUGAAUAAUCAGCCAUGUCAUUGUAAAACUGAUGCGUGGAUGAAUGAGAGCUAUUUUAAACAUUUUCAGACACUGAAUGAAAAGGCCAAGGGUAUGAUGACAUUUGGCACAUUAACUAAACUAACUGUUGUACAGCGGUUUAAUCACGAAAUAAUCUCUAAAUAUAGACCAUCUGUAUGGUAUUCUUUUACAAAGUGUACUUUUAGGUUCACCAUAAAAACAUUUAGAACAAAUGGGAUGGAAGUAAAUUACAUUUGUACCAUUAAAUAAAAUGGUUUUAUGAUGAAUUUGAUCCUGAGGAAAUAGUUACUGGAAGAGAUGUUUGUUUUUAAAGGGACACUAUAGCCAGAACUACAGCUUAUUGUAUGUGUUCUGGUGAGUAGAAUCAUUCCCUUCAGGCUUUUUGCUGCAAGCCAUGUCUUUUCAGAGAAAAUGCAAUGUUUACCUUACAGCCUAGUGAUAACUCCACUGGCCACUCCAAAGAUGGCUUCUAAAGCUGCUUCCUUGGGCAAUACUGCAGAGUAAGCGGCACUGCCAUUCAGUGUCUCCACCCUCUGCAUGCAGACACUGAAUUUCCCUUGAAGGGAUGCAUUAAUUCAAUUGAUCUCUAAGAGGCUGAUAUAACAGCUCUGCACUCGCCUAAAUGCAGCGGCAUAUGGAUUUGUCACUGGUCUUUCGGGGCUGGGUUUUAAAGGACCACUAUAGGCACCCAGACCACUUCCACUUAAUGAAGUGGUCUGGGUGCCAGGUCCAGCUAGGUUUAACCCUUUUUUUCUUAGCUUAUAUUACGGUUAAUCCAGCCUCUAGUAGCUGUCUCGUUGACAGCCACUAGAGACGCUUGCGUGCUUCUCACUGUGAAAAUCAGUAAGAAGACGCCAGCGUCCAUAGGAAAGCAUUGAGAAUGCUUUCCUAUGGACUGGCUGAAUGCAUGCGCGGCUCUUGCCGCGCAUGCGCAUUCAGCCGAGGAGGCGGAGAGUCCCCCGCCCGACGCUGGAGAAAGAGGUAAGUUUAACCCCUUCCACCCCCUAGAGCCCGGCGGGAGAGGGACCCUGAGGGUGGGGGCACCGUCAGGGCACUAUAGUGCCAGGAAAACGAGUAUGUUUUCCUGGCACUAUAGUGAUCCUUUAAAGUUUACAAUGACCUUUAUACUGCCCACUUGUCUAAGUUAAAAUUUGCUAAGAGAAGUGUCUUAUGAUUAAUUUUUUUUACAGAAACUCACUGACACAGUGCUGUAGGUUGGCAAUUUCCAUUUCUGAAAAGGAAACCUCAGAUCAGUUGGGGUUAUUGCCGUCCAUUAAAAGUGUUGACUCAUGUGAACUGUAGCUGAAAUUGGAAAAUAUAAAAUUUUUGCAUUCUAAAACAUCCAUGUAUAUUUUAUUCCAUAUGCUAGCAAACAUAUCCCGUUUAUUGUUUGCAAUAAACUGUUUUAGUAAUCAUAGUUAAAGCUGCUUUAUUUUAUUUUAUUUUUUUAAAUUAUUAUUUUGAUAUUUGGGGGGAGGGAAACAAACAUUUCUCUUGGUUCCAACCUUGUCUUGUAAAUAGCUGCCAUAAGCGGUCACUAACUGCUAGUAGCAGCUACUAAUCUGUUUUCCAGCUGGAAGCAGAACUCCUGUCUCAUUAAAGGGUAAAUUCCAAAUGUUAUACAUCUUGGCUGUCAAUCACACAAUUUAUCUUAUUACUUCCUGGUUGGUUAGCUCGGUGGAGCUAAAUUCAAUAGGCAGCAAUUGCUCAGCGCACCUGCCUAGCAAAAUAUUUCUCAUUGAGCUGCAUUGGGCAGUCUGAUUGGACAGCCACAGAGUCUAGACUGGGUUGGGUGAGGGCUUGCAAAGGCUUUUGCAAGUUAUUCAUAGAUAUACCCACAGUGGGGGAAAAUGUAUAACAAAAUACUAUAUUUGCUAAGUGUGUGUGUGUGUGUGUGUGUGUGUGUGUGUGUGUAAAAAAAAAAAAAAAAAAAAUAUAAAUAUAUAUAUAUAUAUAUAUAUAUAUAUAUAUAUAUAUAUAUAUAUAUAUAUAGUGUGUAUUUAGGCAGUGGAGUGCCCUUUUAACUUCUGUGCACCAAGCAAGAGGUUAUUGUUGAAUUUAUUUAUUUUUCAAUUUUUUUUGCAGUAAACACUGUCUGUUCGGAAAAAAUGCAGUGUUUACAUUACAUCCUAUGAAUACAUCCACUGGCCACUCCUCAGAUGGCUACCAGAGCUGCUUCCUGGUCCCAUUCAGUGACUCCACCCACUGCAUGCAGACACUGAACUUUCCUCAGAGAUGCAUUGAUUCGAUUCAUCUCUAUAAGGAGAUGCUGAUUAGCCAGUGCUGUGUUUGACUUGUGCUGGCUCUGCCCCUGAUCUGCCUCCUUGACAGUCUCACCCAAUCCUAUGGGAAAGCAUUGUGAUUGGCUCACAGAAUCACUUCUGAUAAUGUCAGUCAGGUCAGGGGACAGAGCCAGCAACUGCAGACUUGAAUACAAGUAAGAUUUUACUAUAUUUAAGGAAGUGAGGGGGGGCUAGUUGGUGUUUUUAACACUAUAGGGUCGCUAAUAUGUGGUUUUUGUUCCUGAUUCUAUAGUGGUUCCUUUAAGAUCUAUUCUUGUAUUAUACUUUGAUUUCGCUAAAGAGCACUCAAGACCUUAAAGGGUUAUUCCAACGGUUGGGGGAGGAGAUCUCCUGUGUAAAAUGCUGUAUCAGGCUCUAUGGAGAACUCACCCUUUUCUCUCUCAACAACCUGCAAAUAAAAUGUCUUAUGACUUCUGUGCACUCUCUGACAUCACAGGGGCCUUGCGUAAUAUAAUCACAGGCUUCUCACAGAGGGGGCAGUGGAUGGGGGAGCAAACAGUGGGAGGGAAAUGGGAAUUAUUAUUCAUGGAAUGCCAGUAAGUAUGAAAAUGUUAUCUUGUACAUAGAUUACUUUUAAUAAACAAAGAUCAUUGUUUUGUUGCUCAUCUAUAGUACACUAGUCUAAAUGAAAUCUCUGCAUAUUAGACAGACAUUUAUUUUCUAUGAUCCAAUUUGUCCUUUUGUGAUUGCACUCGAUUGUCCUAUCCUUGUGUUUUGGUAAGAUGGUCAUACCUUCUUAUUGCAUGUUUGUUCUACUGACCGUUACGUCUUUCCAUCCGAUUUUACAGUGGCUGGAAAGAAUUGCCCCACUCAUACAUUGAGGUCUCUUCUGUAACCAACACUUCUUGUGGGUGAAAAGUCUCAGACUGCACAUUGUUUGCAAAACUUCCCUCUUAUUUUUGGAACUCUAAUAACCUUUUGUUCUGGUUUUGAAAUGUCCGUCACUUUGCCAUGUCCUGUUACCUGAAAUGAAUUAAUAUUGCCCUCUGGCUUACAAAUAUUAAAGGGUUGUGCAACCUAUUUGCUGGUAUUACUUAAUGGAUGACUAAAACUUAAAAUGACAAGAGAAGGCUCUCUGAGAUAGUGUGAUAGUUAAAGCGAGAACAAUACUUGAUUAAAAGGACAUGCUAAGCUCAAUAGCAAAAAUGUUACUUGUAUAAGUAAUGGUGCCUGGAGGUCUCUUGUCCCAGUCUUCGGCAUAAAGGUGUUUUUGUUUUUUUAAAUUGUGCCAAUUUGUAAAGUUUGCGGUUUUAAAGCAACAUUCUCAGCCAAUUAAUGAUUGGCAUCUGGUUUCUGCAGCACAGAAGGCCGGAGCCUCUUGUAUAACAGGGCAAACCAUUACAAAUUGGUUUGAAUGGGGCCAGAGUAGUUCUGGUAUCAUAACCUCUACAGUCCACUGUAGUAUUGGAGUAACCCAUUCAUCAUUAUACUAUUAAAUCUUAACAAUUAGAAUCAGUUUUAAUAAUAUUUCCUUUAAAUUUGCUUGUUCUUAUGUGGUCAACUGAAGCUUUCUUAAUUUUUUUUAUUUUUUUUUUUUGGCCAGCAUUGCCUGUAGAAUAAACAUUUGGUGUUCUUUAUAUUCUCUGUAUGUGUGAAUGUGUGUACAAUAGAACCAGAACAUAAAAUCAUUACAGAGUAACGUUUUAUUCCAUGUAUUUACUGAAAUGACGACGCACAUCCCGAAGCUCUGGUUUUAGGACCAGUUCCACAAUCUCUAGUAGUACGCCCCUGCAAUAUUCUGACGUAGCAGAAUAAGGAAAAACUUGCACAUUCCCCAUGAAAGUUUACUUGCUGUAAAGAUGAUUCAUUUCCCUCGGCCUUUCACCCAUUUAGAGUGAUAUUGCUUUAAGAGAUUUCUCAAGCUCUGUUUAGAGGUAGGCGGAUCCACUUCCCUUAUAAGCAAGUCUACUUUACUCAGAGUGCAAUUACUGGCAGACAGCUCAAACUUGCUUCAUCAAGGGUGAGUACAAUUUAUUUACAUUGUGCUGCUUCCUGCGAGCCCCACACAGCUGUGGGUUUCAGCUUUAACUUUUUGAUGAUGGGAAUGUUAAUCCUUCUUAAUGAGUGGCAAGAUGUUUUCUGUUUUUUGUAUACUUUAUCAUAUCCAGGAAACAUUUCUUUAGGAAUGCACUGAAUGUGGAUUUGUUGGUGGUUUAUACAACCGUCUUACAAAUUCUCUGUUAGUUGUCACCAAAUACCUGAACCUGAUCUUUUUGUAAUGUGAGCUGUACCAUUGUUUAGUGUACUGUGUUUUAAUGGCCAUGCCCCACAGCUCUCCCAGGCACUCUUAAUUCCGUGGAACCAAGUUUGUUUGUUCCCCCCCCCCCCAAACUCUUUCCCCCCACCUUGUCCCACUACCCCAUACACUGAAAGUAUACAAUGAUCAUUAAGUGCCCUCCCAUUUUCUUAAUGCAUUGUCUAUAUAUUGAAAACAAAAAUUAUUUUUACACAUGAUUAGUGAAUUAGCUGAUAGCAGACAUACUGUGCCAGUGUUUUUGCUUAUUUGCAAUCUGUUUCCAAUUUGACCAGAUUUUUAUAAAAAAAAAUUUAGUUUGGGCUUUCUCCAGAUCAUGAGCUGUCCGUUCAUGUUGUUUGGGAAGUGUGUGUGCACAUUGAAAUGCAGGAGUUGGGAAAACGUGGAUGAAUUUAGAAGUCAUUAUAACAUCGUUGUAGCUGCCUCUUUCCUGAGGGUAGGGAAUAAGGAUUUGGCAUCUUAUCCUUUGCUAUGUUGCAAAGUUUUUGUGCUGCUUUAAUGUUCUUUAUUUAAAAAAAUAAAAAUGUGUGUGUGUGUGUGUGUGUGUGUGUGUAUGUGUGUGUGUGUGUGUGUGUAUAUGUAUGUAUAUAUGUGUCAAAGAAUGAAGAGACUGGUUUCCUUAUUGCCCCAUAAUCUUGAAUUGAUUUCUUAAGAUUCCUGUUGUGUUGCAAUUCUGGGCUUUGUGUGAAUGACAAUGUAUAAUGUACUGUUGCUGGGGGUCAGUGCUUAACAGUCUGUUUUCCUGGGUGUUUGUUUUAAAACGGAAUAAAUCUUUUGCAUAAGAACUUGUACGUAAAGUACAAGCUCGGCAGUAAUAAGUUUCAACAUUUAUUUAAUACAGUCACUACAAAAAACAGUCUGUGCUGUAACUGAAGAUUAUGUGUUACUAAAUCACUAUUUAAAAAUGCUGAAAAGUAUUUUGGCAUUGGCUGAGUAAGGGAUCAGAUUCUCCCCAACAGAUGGAAGACUUUGUUAGUCCAACCCUAUAUGAUCAGAGGCAUGCUGCUUUCUGAUUGCUACAACCAGAGCCCAGUCAUGUGACUUUUUUUAUUUUUUUAAAUAGGACAGCUGUUUUCCUUCAAAUAUCAUCUGCCUAACUUGUGUAGCUCAUUGCCUAUAGUAAUAACCUAGCAAGUUUAUUUUCUCUGAACCUCAGCUCGUCUUUUUCUACCAUUUUCAAAAGCUUGACUAAUGUCCUGACUGCUCUUGAUCUGACAUUGACUGACUGUAUUGAGUGUAUAGUCUGUUGGCCAGCAUGAAUCAAAAACAGGUGGUAGUGCAGUUAUUGGCUACAUCCCAUGUGUGCACUGUCAUAUGACAUGAAGACAACUAAACUGCUAGCAUGUACUAAAAUGAUUACCACUAUAACAGAAUGCUUAUCUGAGAUUUGCUAUGGAUAAACCCAAUCACAUCUGUUCACAAACCAAUCUAAAGGAACGAUCACCUAAAAGGAUUUUUAUUGUGGCAUGAUAUCUGAUUAGUGGUUUAAGAGGGAACAAGUCUUAGAUGUGUUAUAAAUGUGUUUAGAAUAUGUGUGUAGAGAUCAGUGAGGUUCAUAUUCUCUAAUAAUCUCCCAUACAACAUUCUCAAGCAUUUUCACUCAAAGAAUUACUGGUUUCUCACUUGUUAUAAAUGUGCAGUCGCCAUCCUAAUCUGUUUUUGUGGUUUUUUUUUUGUUUUGUUUUUUUGUUUUUUUUUUUGCUCAACUGCUGUUUAUGUAAAUAGCUUGGUGUUAUAACAAGUGAACAUUUACUGUAUUUAAAAAUCACUUGCAUAAAUCUGACCAAUGGACAAAGUUAUGGGGGACACCAACUACAAUUUUUUUUUUUUUCUUUCUUUUUUUUUUUUUUUUCUCUCUCUCCUUCCUGUUAAUUAGACUCACAAUCCCUCAGGGCAUCGACUGAAAAUUACCUUAAUUCCUCCCUCUCCUCCCCCCAUGGUGCCAUGUACAAGAGAGAUCUGAAAGCACGUGUGUGGCACUAUGGAUGGAACACACACACACACUUGUAUAAGAGUAGGCAUGAACCCUCCUGGAUUAUUACCAGUGCAAUGUUGGCACCUGAACGUGGAAGCGUUGCUGAGGUAAUUGUGUUAAAUGCCUCAGUAGGCUUUAUGGGGAUUAGUCAAUGAGCAUUCAUAUUAAAAAUAUUACAAUUUCUCCCUAAAGGCUGAAAAUAAGCAUCCCCCCUUUGGUUAAAGGAACACUAUAGUGUGUUCCUGUCACUAUAGUGUUUAAAAUGUAGUUAGGCUUUAUUCCAGUGCCGCACAGGUCCCCUAGGAAAGCAUUGGGAGGCUAUUGUGCAUGUGCGGCAAAGCACCACGCUGUGCAAAUAGAAACAUAGAAUGUGACAGCAAAUAAGAACCAUUCGGCCCAUCUAGUCUGCCCAAUUUUCUAAAUACUUUUAUUAGUUCGUUGCCUUAUAGUUAGGAUAUCCUUAUGCCUAUCCCACACAUGCUUAAACUCCCCUCACUGUGUUAACCUAUACUACUUCAGCUGGAAGGCUAUUCCAUGUGUCCACUACCCUCUCUGUUAAGUAAUACUUCCUGGUAUUAUUUUUAAAUCUUUGUCCCUCUAUAUCUCCUCAUAGAGAUGCAUUGUAUCACUGCGUCUCUAUGAGGAGCGUUCAGUGUCAACAUGCAAAGCGUGGAGAUUAGGGAUCGACCGAUAUUGAUUUUUUAGAGCCGAUACCGAUAUUCUGUGAACUUUCAGGCCGAUAGCCGAUAUAAUUUGCCGAUAUUCUGUACAUUUACCAUUUUGGAAAAUAAAAACUAUUUCUAAAGGUAAAUGCACAAAAUAUACAUGCCACGUGUAGUGGAUGCAGUGUGACAGGGGAGCUGUGUGUGUUUGUGUAGUGUGUGUGUAGUGGAUACAGUGUGUGUCUUUGUGUAGUGUGUGUGUAGUGGAUGCAGUGUGUGUUUGUGUAGUGUGUGGGUUGUGGUUGCAGUGUGUGUUUGUGUAGUGUGUGUGGAGGAUGCAAUGUGUGUUUGUGUAGUGGAUGCAGUGUGUAUUUGUUUAGUGUGUGUAGUGGAUGCAGUGUGUAUUAGUGUAGUGUGUAUAUAAUGAAAGCAGAGUGUUUGUGUAGUGUGUGGGUAGUGUGCGUAAAGUGAAUGCUGUAUAUACUAAAUGCAAAGUGUGUGUAUAUAAUGAAUGCAGAGUGUGUGUGUAUUUGUGUAGUGUGUGGGUAGUGAAUGUAGUGUGUUUAUAUAAUGCAGUGUGUGUGUGUUUGUAUAGUGUGUGUAAAUAAUGCAGUGUGUUUGUGUAGUGUACAUUAUAUAAACACACUACGCAAAUACACUGCAUUAUAUACACACACUACACACACAAACACUGCAUUAUAUAAACACUACACAAACACACACUGCAUUAUAUACACACUGCACAAACACACACUGCAUUAUAUACACACUGCACAAAUACACUGCAUUAUAUACACACACUACACAAACUGCAUUAUAUACAGUGUUUGUAUAGUGUGUGUGUAUAUAAUGCAGUUUGUGUGUGUGUGUGUGUGUAUAUAUAAUGCAGUUUGUGUGUGUGUUUGUAUAGUGUGUGUAUAUAGUGCAGUGUAUUUGUGUGCAUUGUAUACAAACACACACUGCAUUAUAUACACACUGUGUUUGUGUAGUGUGUGUGUAUAUAAUGGAGUGUGUGAGGGGGAAUUUUUUAUUAAAUUAUUUUUUUUUUUAUAUUUAAUUAUUAUUUAUUUUUGUUGUCUCUCCUCCCUGCUUGUUGCCUGGCCAGGGAGGGGGGAUAUGACAGUCCCUGGUGGUCCAGUGGUAUUGGCUGAGCUCUGGGGGGAGCGGACAUCAAGCGCUUACUCACCUCCCAGCAGCUCCUCCAGCUCCCCAGUGCAACUUCGUGGCCAGCGUGUCGCGCGGAGCACCAUGGCAACGCUCUGACGGCCGCGGGUCUCGCGAGAGUUGCACUGGGGAGCUGGAGGAGCUGCUGGGAGGUGAGUAAGCGCUUGCUCUCCGCCCCCUCAGGACCGCCGGGCUUGUAAUGAGCCUGGCGGUCCUAGGAGGUAUUAUCGGCAAUAUCGGUAUCUGAAUUGGCCGAUACCGAUAUUGCUGAAAAUACCGAAUAUCGGCCGAUUAUAUCGGUAAAACCGAUAAUCGGUCGAUCCCUAGUGGAGAUGCUGAAUAUCAGUGCUACACACUACUCAGCUCUUACCCAGGGCCUCUAGUGUCUGUCUGUGUGACUGCCACUAGAGGUGUUCCUAGGCAGUAAUGUAAACACUGAACUUUCUCUGAAAAGGCAGUGUGUUUACAUUAAAAUGCCUGCAGUGACGGGCUAUAGUUGUUCUAGUGACUACAGUUUCCCUUCAAGAUAUUUACCUAUUUAAAAACUAAAUAUAACUAGUAAAGUGGCAAGAGUGCUUGAAAGUUGAAGUGGAUGUAUUGAUUUGUUUAAAUAAAUUAAGAGUUAAAUAUUAAUGCUGGUCCUUAAAUUGUAUAAUGAUAUUAUAGUAUUGAAGGGAAACUCCACUGCUCAAAAAACAAAACUUGAGAGAUAUAGUGUAGUAGAUAUACCCUCAAUGAAAUCAUGCAUGCUUCUAAUAUACACUUGUACAUAGCAGUUCUGUCUAAAACCAGCUUUUAAAACCUACAGCUCUUGUCUGCAGCCCUUACAAGCCCUCCCCUUCUAACCCUGCCCAAACUAUCUAUGGCUGUCCAAUCACAGACUUCACAAUGCAGAUCAAUGAGAAGUCUUUGCAAGGCAGGUGCUCUAGGCAAUUGAGUUUAGCCCCAGUGAGCUAACCAAACCAGGAAGUAACAGGACCUGUUGCCUGCAUGAAAGUCAGGAUAGUGUAACCAGGUUAAUUUAUUUCUAUUUAAAUCGGCACUUUCUGCAAAAUGUCAAAAGGACACAUCACACGUAGCAAACUAAAGUGCUUUAGGGGUAUGGCGUGUCCCUUUAAGAACAUACAUUGCUUUAAUCUUUACCUAUAAAUCAGUGUCUCUACAGAAUUGUGAAGCCAUUGGUUUUAUUUUUCCGUACUGUAGAGCAAUUGUACAUAUGCCUUGUUUUGCCUUGAAGGGAUCCUUGGUCUGCCUUGAUGGGAUCCUUGGUCCUUAUCUGUUACGUGUCUUUACAGUCAUCAAAUCUUUCGCAAGUAACCUUCAAAAAUGUUUGUAUGUGGAAAUGGGUGUCACUUAAAAAAAAAAAAAGUGCUAUCAGAACAUUUCUCAACCAGAAAUGUUGAAUCACUUGACAUUCUAGUUUUGAAUCAUUUUGUGGACAGACCGAAUAUUUAAAUGGACACAGUAGGCACCCAGACCACUUCAGCUCAUUGAGGUGGUCUGGGUGCUGUGUCCCUUUUGCACUGUUUACAUUGCAGCACUAAGUCUGCCCUCAGUGGCUGUCAGUAUGCUACUAUGUCACUACAGUAUGCCUUUAAGAAAUUAUAAGCCAACUCCUCACUGUUUGCAGUCAUAGAGGAAGCAAUGCAUCACCCUCUAUAUCAAAACAUCUGAUAUAAUAUGCAUGCAGUCCCUAAAUAACAUUUACAAAAUACUGGAAGUAUCUGUGCUAUAUCUUAUGUUUCUGGUUAAUAUUCGUUCCUUUCCUUUUCAAGAAUUAUAUGCUUUCUCAUUACUUAACUACAUACCUUGUUAAAUCACUUUUGAGUAUUUAAUAAAGAUGUCAUCUAUAUGAAUUCCUAAUUUUGAUUGAUUUGGAAUUUCAAUGACCUUUCCAAAUGCAGUUAUUAUAAGACAAAAUAGGCCCUACUUUGUCUAACUGUGUAAGCCCAAAGUAUACAAAAGUGACAUAAUUAAAUAGGUGUGGGGGGGGGGGGAGAGGUGAAGAGCUAAAUUUAAAAAUAAAAUGGAGAAAUCUUGCAAAUUUAGAGCCCAUAAUUGUGUUUUUUAAAGGUGGGGAACGUUGAAGGAUAUAGUUCUGUGUUAAUGAGUUCUCCCCAUAACACCUAAUAAAGGAUGGAUGAGCUCUGGCCUGAUGAUAACAGUUUAAUAUAUAAUGUAUAAUGGUUGCAAACUCGUUAAUCUGGAAUUAACUAAAGGUGUUAAUUGCUCCUUUAACCUGUGUAGACUAUGUAUUCGUGGAGGACUUCUGCUAUCUUUUCUGCUCGACAGGGUUUAGACAUUUUUUGUUUCUUUGUUGUCUGGCAGUGACGUGUCAUAGUCUGCUAUUGCAAAGCCAUAUUUAAUUGGGCCAAAAAUGAUCAUACCAGGGUUCACCGUGCCCCUGCUUUAUUAUUCUAGGGACAAAGUAUUUCUGUGAGUUUUGCAGUUAGUGUAAUACAGGUCAUGGUGAGGUGGCCAGAUAUGACUGUUUGUCUUCUGAUAGGAAAUAUUUCUAAUGAUAAGUGAGCUUGACCUAAAUUGUGUAAAUAUUACUAUUUGGUCAGUCAACAAAUAGCUGUGCUACCAGAUUUCCUCCUGCAGAAAGACCCAACAAUAGUCUUUAAAAAUGUGAGCGAGAAAAUAUGAGACUGAAAUCUAAUUUGUACCCAUAUAAACCUUUUAUAUAUAGUUUUGUGUAUCUAUAAUAUUAACGGUUUCCUCCUAUUCUAUUAACAGCUUCCGUUAA